AAUUGUAGUUCAGGUUCUGGAGAAGUUAAGUCUUGUUUCAUUGCCAAGAAUGAAGAUAAUAUUCCAGAUAUCUAUAUUUGCUUUCCUUUUUGCAAUUUGCAAUGCAAGUCACAACAUAAAAUGUGAACCAGUGACAGAACCCGGAGAUAGUAGCUCUGAUCAAGAAACACCAGAUGAUAGAUCCGAAGAAACGCCUGAUGAAUCAUCCGAAGACACGCCUGAUGAAUCUAGAUGCCCAGAUAAGUGUUACGAACGAGAUUCAAAGAUUAAGGAAAAAAUUGAAGAAAUAAUAAGGUGUAUCAGGGAAUUGUGGAGACUCUGGAAGGAAUAUUUGGGAGCUAGUAUAUAUGAAAGAUUCCGUGAUUGGUGGAGUAAUUUGAAACUUCCUCUCGGAGAUGAUGUAUUUGUACCUGAUGAUGAUGAAUUAGAUCCUCAAGACGAAAAACUUGAAAGAAUUUUGGAGAUAAUUGAGAAAAUUAAAAAGUGCAUACAAGAAAUAUGGAAAUACAUAGAAGAUUCUGGCUGGCUAGAUGGAAACUGCCACCCUUGUCCACCCUUCGCCCCUGAACCUUUUGAAGGCGAUGACUCUCAUGAUAUUUGGUUCAUAUUUUUGCAGAUUGCCGCAGGCCCGUUGAGAUGGUUUAUUCCCAUACUUCCUUUCCCCCUGCCUCCCAUUCUUCCCUUCCCAUGGCCAAGGAUUGGCCAUUAAGUACUGAAACAGUACUUGAAACUUUCUAAGAAAUACAUUUCCUUUAUACUUAUGCUGACGUGCGACAAUAAAGUCAUUAAAAUCAAAAUAACAA